AUGAAUCAACUGGUCCAGAUGUCAUUAGUUGGAUUUCCUUUGUGGGUUCCAAACAUUGUUCAUAGGCAACUCCUGAUCAAUGAGGAGUUUCAUCGCGACAUGUUCCAAACAGUAGCCAAUGUCAUGAGACCGCCUUCUGUGAAGGUGGAGGGAACCCGACAUACCGAGAUUUUCAUGAUGGAUCAUUUCCACCUGGUUGACAUUUUUCAUGGACAUGGCUCAUUGAAGUGCCGCAAGAUGCCAUCAGGAUGUAUCAUCCAAGGAGCUUCAAAUGGUGUCUCCAGGGUUACUUGGAUUGAGCAUGUUGAAGUGGAAGAUCAAGGAGUUCACCCUUUGGGAAAGCCUAUUGUUGAUUCCUUUCUUGCCUUUGGGGCAGAGCGAUGGCUUGCAGUUCUUGCUAGACAAUUGGAAAGGGACCCAAAGACUAGGAGAGAUAUAUUGAAGUUAGCUGAAAAGAUGGUGUGGGAUGUUAAGGCCAUUGGAGAAGUUCAGGAAAUUGUUCGUAUUACCAAUGGCCAUGAAGUAGACAACUGUGUUUCGUUGUCUCAAGUGAUCAGCAGUAAUGCAAACACUAGACCUGAUGAUGAACUGUUGGUCUUGGAAGAAUGCAUCACCGAUCCAACAUCUUCUUGCCUCAUUUACGCCCGGAUGGAUGCUUAA